CGACUCGCCCCGAGCACGUGAAGCGUCUCCCGCGAGAUGUGCCCGCGACUUACGUAAUUCGCGCGACCACCGAAGUGUUGAUGUCUGUGGAGUCGGGCACGCGCGCUCAUGUGCGGGCUAAGCUUUAGGACCAGAAACAGCCCUUCGCAAAAAACCUCUCUCCGAUGGGGAGACAGCUGCUGCUGCCCCGCCAGGCCUAGCAUCUGAUCCGACGUCGCCCGCGCGCCAGUCUCUUGCAUAGCAGAGUACUCGUAACGCCGUUACCGCCGCACUGAUCGCUGCCGUGCAAUGCGUGAACGAUAGUGUUAAAUUUUGAUGAAUAUAUUUUUUGAGAUGGUUCGUGUUAAUAUUGUUGUCGUCGUACUCUAUAUGUGCGUGUAGCAUUAUGUGGGUGGAGUGGUGAGGACGUUGCGAGUGCACCGGGCGAGAGCCUCCGCGCUGGUCGGCGAGCGAGGAUUUUACUGCUACUGUUAAUAGGCGCCAUUUAAGCAGUCAAGAUGAUAAACAUAGCGGGCGUAAUCUCCAUCGUACUGUUCUACGUGCUCAUUUUGGCCGUGGGCAUCUGGGCGGGGCGCAAGAAGCAAGAAGGGAACGAUUCCGAGGAGGAGGUGAUGCUGGCCGGCAGAUCUAUCGGGCUGUUCGUCGGCAUCUUCACUAUGACUGCAACGUGGGUGGGCGGCGGCUACAUCAACGGCACGGCGGAGGCCAUCUACACCUCGGGCCUGGUCUGGUGCCAGGCGCCUUUCGGCUACGCGCUCUCGCUCGUCUUCGGUGGCAUCUUUUUCGCGAACCCGAUGCGCAAGCAAGGCUACAUCACGAUGCUGGACCCGCUUCAAGAUUCAUUCGGCAGCCGAAUGGGUGGGCUGCUGUUCCUGCCUGCGCUCUGCGGGGAGGUCUUCUGGGCUGCGGGCAUCCUCGCCGCGCUCGGUGCAACACUAGCAGUAAUCAUCGACAUGGACCACCGCACGUCAGUGAUCUUCAGCGCGUGCGUGGCUGUGUUCUACACGCUUUUUGGCGGGCUGUACUCCGUCGCGUACACCGACGUCAUCCAGCUGUUCUGCAUCUUCAUCGGCCUUUGGAUGUGUAUCCCAUUCGCGUGGGCCAAUCAGCACGUAAAACCGCUGUCCUCUAUGGAUGUUGAUUGGAUAGGACACGUCAAGUCCGAAUACUAUUGGUUCUAUGUGGAUUAUGGCUUGCUGCUAAUCUUUGGAGGAAUUCCGUGGCAGGUGUAUUUUCAGCGCGUACUGAGCAGUAAGACAGCGGGGCGCGCGCAGGUGCUGUCGUACGUGGCUGCCGUCGGCUGCAUCUUCAUGGCCAUCCCACCCGUGCUCAUCGGCGCCAUCGCCAAGGCUACAGCGUGGAAUGAGACGGACUACCAUGGUGACUUAACGCCGGAAGGCGAGCUGACCCCGGAUCAGACCUCAAUGAUCCUGCCGCUAGUGCUUCAGCACCUCACGCCCGACUUCGUCUCGUUCUUCGGCCUCGGUGCCGUCUCCGCCGCCGUGAUGUCCUCCGCUGACUCCAGCGUGCUCAGCGCCUCGUCUAUGUUCGCCCGGAACGUAUACAAGCUCAUCUUCCGCCAGAACGCAUCGGAGAUGGAAAUCAUCUGGGUGAUGCGCGUGUCCAUUCUCGUGGUGGGUUUCCUCGCUACCCUCAUGGCACUUACCAUCCCCUCUAUCUACGGUCUAUGGUCGAUGUGCUCAGAUCUGGUGUACGUGAUCUUGUUCCCGCAACUGCUAAUGGUGGUGCACUUUAAGCACCACUGCAACACGUACGGCUCGCUGGCGGCGUACAUCGUGGCGCUGCUCGUGCGACUGUCAGGUGGCGAAAAGCUGCUCGGCCUGCCAGCCCUAAUCCACUACCCUGGAUGGGACGCCGUGGACGAAGUCCAGCUGUUUCCUUUCCGUACCAUGGCCAUGGUGCUCUCGCUCUUUACGCUGGCUUUCAUCUCUUGGCUCUCUGUGUACUUAUUUAACUCGGGCUACUUGAGCCCUGAGUCGGACUACUUCAACUGCGUGGUUAACAUCCCCGAGGACAUCCGGCGCGUCGACGAACCCUCCGAAGCUGGAGAGCAGAUGUCUGUGCUUGGAGGCGUUCCAGGAAAACUUUACGGAGCAGCUUCAACUCUAGUCGGUCCCGACGAGAAGUCUGGCAGGAUCAAUCCAGCUCUAGAACCCGAUGAUGAUGACCUCGAUGAUCCUAACGAUGGUCCAACUCCCCUCUUCGGCUCCAGCAGCGCCCCUCCCCCUGUGCAGCCGUUCGGCAAGCAAACGGCUUUCUGAGAGGACGCCAACUUCUACUAAACUUAGUUGCUUGCAGUGCACCUGUCUUCUUCAGAAGGCACCAGUGAGGAGGAUAGAAGCAACUAGGUGUAGAAAGGAACGUAGAAAGGACACUAUGUGUAGAAACCGCACGACAAACGGAAAAUGUUUUACAAUGAUUUUACUCUUCUUAGUUGUGCCCUUUCUUUCUAGAUCUCAUACAUCGAAAUGAGCCGUAUUAUCGAGUUACGACGUAAUAUGCUCAAACUAUUACAUAUCAUUCUGUAUCUUCCGAUGCACUUUUGUAGGUGUGACUUGAUUACUCUACGAAUACUGCUUUAUUUUUAAACUUAGGUGUAAUCACAUUGUCGACGUAUAUCUUAAAACGCUUAGAGAAAUUAUAUACGACAACGUUGAAGCAAUAUUGUGUAUUUUGGUCGAUGUAUAAAAGAUUUUAAGCGAUGUUGUUUUGUAGAAAAUAUAAUAAAUAAAUAUAUUAAACAAUGCAUGAUAAUUGAUAAUGGAACUCUUACAUAUCAAAAUGUGGACUUAAUGUUAUUAGAAGAGAUAUACAUACAUAGUAAAUAUAAUUUAUAUUGGAGAAGAUUCCUUAUUUAAGUCAAUUAAAGUAGCGAGGAAAGCACGGUAUAUGUUGAGUGCUUCGUAGUGGUACUGUGUGUGACGUAGCUCCACCACACACGCACUCAUACACGUGACCAAACACACGUACCUCAUGUUCAAAGUUUGGAAUAUAUUAAGCAAAAUAUAAGCUCGCAAAGCGUUAAGAAUACUAUUUAAAUACUGAUUUUAUUUAUGCCAAUAUGUUGAAGCCGUUUGUGAAACAAAGUAAGUUGCUCUUGUAUACAGAUUUAUUAUAAACACGACACUGUAUCGCACGCGAUUAUAAUGUAUACCAUCAGAGUUUAGCUAGAGAUUAUUAAGUCUAAAAUUAGUGAAACUUAGUGGCUGUUAUCAUUUUGCUGUGAGCUUCGUUUCAAAGGAUAUUUAUUUAUAUUAUUGUUUCGAAUUGAUCUUGGAUGCAUACGCUUUUAAUAUUAGAUAUACAUACAUAUAUUGUAUAGCGAAGGUCGAUUCACGCUGAACUGGCCUUUUGGAUUUUGUAUAUUGAAUGUUUAUAGGUGUUCAAGACAUCACUUUGUAAUCUAAUUGUCCACCUUCCUCGGCCCGAAUUGCGGCCAUUCCUGUAACUUCAACUGGCUAUCGAAUUUAUUGUUAACACGUACAAAAACUAUCACAAAGUAAUAAUAACUUUUGGAAGUACAUAAUGUAUUAUGACACUGAUGCUUUAUGGAUAUUUCAAUCUCAGAAUUCCUUAAGGUAAAUCUCCAAGAAUUUUGGAAUUGGAAAAGAUGAGAAAUAGACAAUCCAUAUAAAAAACGAUUGACCUGUGCGGUAAUCUAAAUUCAUCGUUCGGUAAAGGCGCCAAGGUUCAGUGUUCGAUAGUCAGUGAGGAAAAGCUCUCGUGUUUUAAUCAAUGUUACAUACGUAUUCGAUGUGAGAAAUUUUAGAACUACAAGUUUUGAAUCAUGUAUCUACGAGUUUGUCAGUAUUCUUAAGUAAAUAUAAUCAGGCUUUACAUUAUUUACAAAACCCGCCAUAGAGAAACCUAGUAGGUUCUAGAAGCUGUGCAAAUGAAGUGUGUUAUUACAUAUUUUAUUAUCAUCAGAGAUGAUGCUUUGGAAAGUCGUAAUUGAUGAGCAGUAUUGAAAGAGAAUGCAAGGUAUAUAUAUAUAUAUAUAUAUAUUGAUCGGCUGCCUUAAAAAAAAUAUGUAUAACAGCUGGAGCUCUGAAUUUGUUUGUAAUGAAUGUGUAGCACUUCCAUUUUAAGUGUUUCUGGUACGAUACGUGCUUGCCAAUUACAAUUAUUUGAGCUUUUAUCCGAGAUGCUAAAUAUUUUAAGUAAAUCACGAAACAUAUCAUAUCUAUGUGACUUAAAUAUAAUGUAUAAUAAAUAUAGCAAUGGAACAUAUCAAUAUUUCUAAGAGUAGAUCAUAGGAUCGU